UGCACAUCGCCUCUCACUUUCUCUCACACUGCUUUUCAUCAUACACACACACACAUACAAACAGCUCUUUAAACAGCUGCUAUUUCUUUAAGUGCAUGCUUCUCAGUUAACCUCAGUCGGGUCGAUGUAUAUAGACGCGUUCAAACGGAUCCUCUUUGAAAGGCUCAACUGCUUGAAGAGAAUGUGUGUGUGUCAGCGCCAGGGCAGCUCCUUCGCCAUGUCUAAGACGGCGGUGAAGAAGCUGCACUGGCGCUCCAAGGUGCUGGACAGCUUCGUGCCCCUGCUGGGGUCCUCGGGGGAGCUGGGGGUCUCCAUCGGGGGAGGGGCAGACUACGGAGAGUUCCCGUUCGUCACCUCGGCGCCCGGUGGAGGACUCACGGUGGGAAACGUCAUCCUGGAGAUCGGGGGCACGCCGGUGUUGGGGAUGACGUUAGGAGAUGUCCGUGGGGUCAUAAACUCCUGCCCUCAUCCAAUCAGGAUCAAGACCGUCGCUCCAGGCUCCUCACUGUGCAAGGAUCUCAGGUUGUAUCUGAGCAAGUGUUUCACUCCCGGCUCGGUGGACAGCCAGCUCCAGCAGGUCAUCAGAGAGAACCUGUACCUGCGAGCGGUUCCCUGCACCACCAGACAGCCCAGAGACGGGGAGAUCUCCGGCGUAGAUUACAACUUUGUGUCCAUCCAGGAGUUCUUCUCUCUGGAGGAGUCGGGAGCGCUGCUGGAGAGCGGGAAGUUCAAAGGGAAUUACUACGGCACCCCCCGCCCCGUGCACAUCAGCGCAGAGAGCCCCCCCAUCACCUACCAGGAGCACCGGAACCUGCUCAGGAACUUCAGAACGAGGAGCAAGUCCCUCAGCAACCUGGAGAAAAGUGCAGAGGACGCGGAGAACAGCGAGGACGACUCGGGACUCUCAGGAGGCUCUGCAGGGCUCAGCAGCAGCAUCCCCCCCCCACACCGCCCCCCCGGCCGGCCCCGGGCCUCCAGCAGCGGUGGGGAGAGUCGAGGGUUUGAGAGCGGGAUGAUCGGCCGGCGGCUCAGAGGAGUGACCCCCGACCUCUGGGAGCAGGCCUUCAGCGACCCCGGGGACUCCUACUACUCAGAUCGUCACACAAAGAGGACCAACUGGCAGAGCCCUCGAGCCCCGAGCAGGGAGAGCGUCUACCAGAACGAAUGGUUCACGGACCAGCCCCUGGAGCUGCGAGGCUUCCCGGUUCACGCUCUGCUCACGAAAGGUUCCCGAGGGUUUGGGUUCAACAUCGUGGGAGGCAGCCGGCCCAGAGAGUUCCUGCAGAUCUACAGCGUGACGUCCAGCGGACCCUCGGUGCUCCAGACAGCGGACAUCCUGGUGUUCAUCAGCGGAGUGUGUGUGUUGGGGUUUUCCCACAAAGAGGCGGUGGAGCUGCUGCAGGCGGUGCCCUCGGGCCACAGUGUGGACGUGGAGGUUACCCGGGGUUACCCCAUGCUCUACACCCCCGACGGCUGCCCCAAGCUGCCCCCCCCCCAGGCUCCUGUCCCCCCCCCCACCACCACCCAGCCUAAGCCCCGCCUCCCGACCCCCACGCCCCCCCACCAUCACCUGCACUUAAACUACAGCUACACGGAGCCGGGGGGGGUCGAUCUGGACGCCAACGGCAACACCGUGUCUUUCUCCUCCAGACCCCCCCCCUCGUACAGGCGCUCCAGCAUGAGCAACGCCGCCUCGUCGCCCCCCACCCGGCCCCCCCGCCACCUGAGGAGCCUGACCCGCCUGCAGGCCUUCGACCCGACGCUCGCCAGCCAGAGCGACAGCGAGGUGGUGUCGGCCAUCGGGUCACACAGGUCUUCGAUGAUCCGUAACCACAACAACAACUCUCUCUCCGCCCCCCAGCCCCCGCCCCGCUACGGCUUCAAGUCUUCAGAGAGCGACCUGUCCUCCGGCAACAUGUCCACCUCCCGCCUGCCGCUGCCCCUCUCCCCCCACAGAGCCUCCUCCUCCCCCCACAGACCCUCCUCCUCCCCCCACAGAGCCUCCUCCUCCCCCCACAGACCCUCCUCCUCCCCCCACAGCACGUCCCCGCACCUCUUCAGACCGCAGAGCUCCCACCUGAGACCCCCAGUGACCCCCGAGCACCAGAACCACCAGCAGCACCAGCAGCACCACCAGAACCACCACCAGAACCACCAGAACCACCAGAACCACCGGGGCGUCAAUGGCUUCCCUCUCUCCUCUCCCGGGGGGGUGAGUGUGGGCAGUCUGAGCGGGGGGGAGCUGGUCCCGGUGGCUCUCUCUCAGACGGAGGGGGAUCAGGGUCUGGGCUUCAGCGUGACGGCGGGGGGGCCGGGGGGCCGCAUGAGCCUUGUGAGGAGGGUCUGGGACAGGAAGCAGUGCGGCGCCCUGCAGCCGGGGGACGCCAUCGUGAAGAUCAACGGGGCGGACGUCCAGAGCCUCAGCUUCACACAGGUGCAAACUAUCCUGCAGGAGCACACCAAGCAGGCGGAGGUCAUCCUGCUGGUUUACAGAGGAGGCAUCUAUCACUCGUCCGUCUCCCCCGGCUCCCUGAGGAGACUCCCCCCUCCUCUGCUCCGCCCCCCCUCCCCCCCAGGCUCAGACUCCUCCCACUUCCUCCCUGACUCCCUCUCUGUUCCCCGGACCUCCCACAGCGCCCCCCCCUCCCCGGCGCCCCACCUGCGCUCCUCCUCCCUGGUCCAGAGCACCAGCUUCCUGGAGUCCAUCCCGGUGACGCUGACCAUGGAGCCGCGCGACUGGAUCAACACGGGGCUGGAGGACGAGGCGGGGGGCGUCCCGACGCAGGACCUGGGUCUGGAGAGGGGGGGGAAGACCAGGCCCCUCCGAGGGUUUGACGUGGAGCUGAGGAGGAAACCGGGCGAGGGAUUCGGGUUCGUCAUCGCAUCGCAGGACGUGGAGAACGGAAAAGCCGCCUCGCUCCUCCCUCACCGGUUUGUGACGGUGCGUCGCGGCAGCCCGGCGGCGAAGAGUGGUCAGAUCCGCCCGGGGGACCGUCUGGAGGCGCUGGAGGGCCGCUCCGUGGUCACGCUGCCCCACCGGGAGCUCGCUCAGAUCCUCCGGAGGGCCGGGAACAGUCUGAGGCUCACCAUCGUGCCCCGACCCAGCACCUAUUCUUCAAGCGUUUCAGAAACCACCGAGUAUGACCCCGCGCACAGGAGCAAAAAGGGUCAAAGGUCGCGUCCAAAGCGUGACUCCAGGUACUACAGCGUGGAUUUGGACCGCGGCUCCUCAGGCUUCGGCUUCUCCCUGCGGGGGGGCAGUGAGUACAACAUGGGGCUGUACGUCCUGGGGCUGAUGGAGGGGGGGCCGGCCUCCAGGAGCACGAGGAUGCAGGUGAGCGAUCAGCUGGUGGAGAUUAAUGGAGACAGCACCUUAGGGAUGACCCACAGUCAGGCUGUGGAGCAGAUCAGGAGAGGAGGACAUCGCAUCCACCUGAUCCUGAAGAGAGGCAACGGAUACGUGCCCGACUACGUGGAGCUCUCCAGUCUCUCUCUCUGUAUGACCAACUCUAAGCUGGGCGAGCCUUGCUUCUAUGUGAUUGGACGGACAGAGAAUACGCGGUUGGUAAUGGUUCCUGCCGUGAGCACGGGCUCUCCCCCCCCUCCCCCCUGCAUCACCCCCAGCAGCAGGGUGUGGCUGCAGUGA